UAUGCAUGCGGGCGGCCAUGCAGCCGAUGCAGCAGACGCAGCCAUCCGUAAUUAUAUGUACAAUGUUCACGCUGCUAAUGAUUUGUGAUUUAAUUUUCAUACCGUUUUGUACUUUGAACUUGUAAAAGUGUGCUAUGUAAUUGGCGCGUAGCAAUUAAACGGCAAUUAUAAAUGAUUGUUAACGUAACCAUGUUUUGCACGGUGGCCGGAUCAGGAUUCCGACUACCGGUACGCGUACACAAUAUGUGAUCGCCGCUAGCUGUGAUGUGCUUUAUUAACGUUUUAUAAAAAGGUGUAUGGAGAUAUUUACGUGGUUUAAAACAUUGCCGAAUCGAAGAGAGCGAAACUUGUUUAUAUAGGAAACUUAUUGAGACGAUAGAACAAUGUUAUAAGUAUACGUUGUCUUUGACGUACAUACAUAACAUCGGUUAUCGGGUCAGUUACUAUGCUAGCGAACGACAAACGUGGAUGAUUUGUGUACUCUUAGAUACAAUACUUAUAUAAUAUCAUAAACUAACGCAUAAUGAAUAAUAAUUUAAUCGCUGCUGCCAUCGGCGUAACCGUUGGCGUGAUAAGUGCAGUUAGCAUUUUUAUUUAUCGAAAGAUUCUGGCUAAUCAGCAGUACAUCACGACGACGUCUGAUUUAAAUACUGCUAAUAAAAGAAUUGAUGAACUGCUGUCGGAAUUAGAAGCUCUAAGGUUGCAACUAAGGCAGCAAAAGAAGAAGAGAAAAAUUUCACGAAAACUGAAUUCCAGUGAUAAUACGUAUACGUUGACAGAUAAUGAAGCAACGGAUAUCGACGUUUUCUCAACAGACACUGACAUCGGAGACGACGAGUUUUACGAUUGCUCAGAUGGUGACAGUGAGACUGAAUUAAGGAUCUCAGAGGAACUGAACCAACUGGAGGUAAUACUUAAGGAGAUCGAUGAACAAGAGAAGGGACAGUUCGUCGUCGACACUUACUAUAAAUUACAAACGUUGGUCAACUCCCAUCAUCGGGACAAUGUAGAAAUAGUUUGGCGAUUUGCUAGGGCUUGCUAUAAUCAAGCAGAAGCCCAGACUGAUAAGAACGUUAGGAGGUCGUUCAUUCUCGAAGGGAUACAAGCCUGUGAGAAAGUUAUUGAUAUUCGAAACUCGAAUUUGUACAAGUGGUAUUCAAUUCUGAUAGGACUGAACGGCGAUUACUUAUCGAUGUCAGAUAAAAUAAAGAACGGCGUAGUUUUUAAAAAUUAUGUAGAAAUGGCUUUGGAAAUGCAACCAGAUGACUUUGAACUGCAAUACCUCUUAGGAAGGUUUAAAUACGAAAUAGCUAAUUUAAGUUGGAUCGAGAAAAAGGUGGCAGCAACAUUGUUUGCCGAAUUGCCGAGCGUCACGCACGAAGAAGCGCUCGCCUGUUUUGAGAAGGCAGUGAAAUUAGGAAGUAAAAAUCCUUUCGCUCAAUUGUACAUUAGCAAAUGUUACGCGGCACUGAAGGAAUAUUCACGUGCGAUCGACAUACUGAACGGGAUCUUAGAGAAACCGAAGGCAGAGACGGCCGACGACGAGAAAGUGCACGCGGAAGCGAGUAAACUUCAUAAGAAAUACUCAGGAUAUAAUUCAUAACGAAAGACGAAAUAUUCCAACGUCCGUUCCGUAUAUAUUAUAGUUCUGCUAUGCGCCCGCGUGUAAAAAGACGACUCUUAUAGCCUACCUACGCGUUUACAUAAAACAAUUUAUUAAUAAAUUAUUAUACGGAGUAUAUAGGUACUAAACGAAUCUUCGACACGUUUUAUCUAUUAUAUAGCAGGUAUUGUGACAGUUUUUUAUUUUAAUUAAAAUUUUAUAAGAGGAUGUAAUUUGUAAAGAUCUGCAUAUAGGGAGGUACCGUUCGGUGCAGACGUUUUUGUAAAUUAUUAAACAUGUACUUUGUUCGCGCGAUUUAGGAAAUUAUAUUUUAUACGUGUACGUGCAUAUACAAUAGGAUAGAUCGAGGAUCCUGGGUUCAAUUAUUUUCGUAAACCGUUUUUUAACAUUUAUUAUUUUUAACGUUACGACUAUAUUUAAGGUUUAAGUGGAACUUCAAGAAAUACAUUUUUCCAUAAUUAAA